AUGGACUCGAUGAGAUCUUUGAACACUUCGUUGCCGAAAUCGACACCCCGCCCGCAGCCCCCUGAGCAGCUUCUUCAAUCGUUCAAGGCGGCUGCCCUCUCGGUCACCAACCUUUACAAGAAUGCCGUUUACGAACAAGCUCAGGCCAAGCAAGCAGGCUAUCAAGAAGCAAUUGAGGACCUAUUGCACUUUCUAGAUCGGGAAAACCUCGGGUUGGGUGAUGGAGAGGGCUGGAAGGUUCGACAGUGGGCCACAGAACGGAGCGACGGCAUCGGUGCCCAUAGCGACGACGACGAGGUUGAGAAACAAACCAGAGGCACAACUUCUGCUGCAACUCGCAAGGCACAGCCCGAAUCUGAAUCGACUCGACAAGCAUCCAAGUCAGCAUCUCCAUCGGUCGACGAGCCGAGCGCCCCGCCACCCCAGGCUUCAUCACCCCCGUCCUCCCCUCCGUCGUCCGAACCUAGUACCUUCGACAGACCUACAAUCUUUACUUUCACUGCCGGACCAGCCUUCCCACCAGAGCAAGAUAUGGAUAUGCAAGCUUCGGAUAGUUCAACACCCUUGUCUCAAGACGGCGCGCCCGUCAGCGUCUCAGUACUGCCUCGAAAUGCCCGGCAGCAAACCCGUCAUAACAACUUUUCACGACCCAACCCUCGAUCAUCCACUCGCGAGUCCUCCGUCGGACUUGGCUCGAAACGCAAGCUCGCAGUGCCGGAUUUCUUCGACUUGUCCGGCCUCGGGAAUCGAGACUUGUUUGGCGGCGGCAAGCGAGGCCGCUUCACCUGA